AUGUAUGUUAUUGUUGCCUUCUUGGAGGAGGAUGAUGCAGUUGCAGUUGUGCCUGCAGCUUGGCUGAUCAACAGCGAGUUGUGUUAUUGGCCUCCAUAUACCAGUCAAGACAGAAAAAAUAAAGCGGCAAUAAGUUGUGAAAUACCAUCUGAAAAAUGGUCUAAACAUUCUUGUCGAAUUUUAGGGACCAAAGGCAAGUUUUAUAUGUUUUAUUUUAAUAUUAUUGACAUUGACAUUAUAAUAAAAGGAUGCAAACAUAAAUUGGAUUCAAAAUCAACAUUUUGUUUAAAGUCUACUACAAUUUUUAUCACAGACUCGUAUGCAAAGGCCAGAUCUGAACUUGGUAAAGCUGAGAUAACAUCAGAUUUACAGAGUGAUGUAGAUGUUUCAAGACUACGUACAAAACGUAUUCAGAAAUAUCUUGAAGAUGACAACGAUAAUAGUGAUGAGUAUUCUGACAAGGAUUCUCAGCAAAUAAAUAAACUACCCCUUUGCCAAGUUUCUAAGAAAAGGGAAGGUUCUGCAGACGGGAGCAACAGUCAAUCGAAAACUAAAUCUCACAAACCAGCCCCUAAAGCACCUCCAUUUCCUGUGUCUAGUCCUUGCUCUUUAACACCUUCAUCUCCUGUAAUCAGUGAACGAGCUAUACCAGAAUCAAUUUCACAGCCAUUUACUAGAGCUAUUGAACAAGGCUCUGAGUUAUCUACAUCACAUGUAGCUAGUCAACAAUCUGUAACACCUGCAACCACAAGUAGUUGGCAAUCUGCAACAUCUACAUCUGCUGCUUGUUACCGAACUUCAACACAUGCAGCAUCAGAAUUGCAUACAAUCAGUCGGCGUAAUUUAGAAGAUAUAUCAUUUGUUUCAGCAGGCGCCUUUAUAGAAGGAGAGUUAGAACAAGUGAUAGCCAACCUCGUUCCUAAUAUUCCGACUAGCUUGUCAAUUCCAGCUACUAGUUUGAAUGCCACAGAAUUGUCUACAGCAGCUAGUCAUACAUCUGCACAAACAUCAAACAGUGUUUUAAAUAAAAUAUUUACUCUUUUAGUUGAGCUGAAAAGCGAAGUAGCUAAUCUUCAGAAGCAGACUACUUACAACACUACUAUGUUGCAGACUUUGUCACAAGGUGGGAUACAAGACGAUGGCAACAUUUUUGAAACUCUUGAUCUUCCUGUAUGUGACCGAAAACAGCUGCAGCAGCUUGAAGAUAUUAUUACUAAAGACAAUCUUUUAUUUAAUAAACUUGUAAGUACAAUUUGA